AUGGAAAUGCAAGAAAUAGAACCGAUACCAUAUGAUCAAUUUCAACGCUGGCUACCUGAUCUACCACCAAAUUAUAUGAUGCAAAUGUUGGGUGAUUCAAUAAACGAUGACAGUUUAUAUCCACGUAAAUCUGCUGAUGAUUUGGUUGCCCCCCCUCUCAGACAAGUAGAUAACAGACCCCGAAAAGGCCGCGUUGUUCCUGAAAUCUACGACACAAAUAUAGAGCAACUAAAUACUAAAGAUAUUAAGAAGUCCUUUGCGUUAACACCACUUGACUCUGGAUACUUCGAGGAAAUAGCCAUCUCGCCCAAAACAAUACCUACGGACACGCCUCAGGUGGCACCUCUGGGGCCGCAACGCCAGCGCGUUCCCAUGCCGCCUCAGUCCGAGUUCCUCUCCGCGUAUGCCUUGCCUCGCUACCUCAUGCCUCACGACAUCGGAUACGACGACUCCCCUCGCAUACCCCGCCCACCUAAUAAUUUGCUAGACCAAGAAAUUAACAUGAUAAACCAAAUGGAAAUGCAAGAAAUAGAACCGAUACCAUAUGAUCAAUUUCAACGCUGGCUACCUGAUCUACCACCAAAUUAUAUGAUGCAAAUGUUGGGUGAUUCAAUAAACGAUGACAGUUUAUAUCCACGUAAAUCUGCUGAUGAUUUGGUUGCCCCCCCUCUCAGACAAGUAGAUAACAGACCCCGAAAAGGCCGCGUUGUUCCUGAAAUCUACGACACAAAUAUAGAGCAACUAAAUACUAAAGAUAUUAAGAAGUCCUUUGCGUUAACACCACUUGACUCUGGAUACUUCGAGGAAAUAGCCAUCUCGCCCAAAACAACUACCCCUGAGGUGGAUGAGCGUCGUCAAGAAUACGAAGUGUUGGAACCACGUCCAGCUCGACAGAACCCAAACUGGAGUAAAACUAAAACCCUCGUGGCCGAAGACAUGGAUAUUCUUCGCGCAGGGUUGACUAAUAAGGACUACCGUUUACCUGUCUCCUUACUGCCAAACAAUCUACGCUGGUUGAAAAUAAAUCGACCGAAUCUAAAUGACUUAGAAGAGAGUACCCGUGAUGACGCAGAAGGCACGGAUAAGCCUCACCUUUAUCACGUGCUGGAGACGCCCACAGCUGACCCCGCGGAGUCUAUAUACGGAGUAGCCAUAAUAGCAGCCGUCGGUGCUGCUCUCACCAUGGCCAUAAUAGGUUUCGCUUUCGGAUGGUACACGCUAUCAAGGAAGGCGAAAGCUGCAGCAGACGUGGACUACCCGGCAUACGGCGUGACCGGACCCACUGUCGACCUUUCCGGCGACAGAAAGCUCGCUCAGUCCGCGCACAUGUACCAUUACCAACACCAAAAGCAACAGAUCAUUGCUAUGGAAAGGAAUGGCUUGGAUCACCGCAACGGCUCCGUGUCCGACCCGGAGUCUGACGAGGAAAACGAGGAGGGAGAUUACACUGUCUACGAAUGCCCUGGAUUUGCUACUACUGGCGAUAUGGAGGUUAAAAAUCCUCUGUUCAAAGGCGACACGACCCCUGCCGCCCCCAAAAGCGACGCAGCUAAAUCACAACCCCGAGAA